UCCACUCUUGUCGUGGGCAAUCCUAGUGUCAACAUGUACGAAGGUGUGGGGGAUUUGAGAUCGGUGAUUGUGAAGUUGAACGAAACACAGCAAGCGGCUUUGCUUGAUCGUCUCUUUUCUCUCGCCAGAGAUGAUACGCCGGAUGUUGACCAGUCUACUCCGGUGAUCAAGAUAGUAUGGAUCUUGCUUGCGAUGUCUACAAUCGUGGUCACCACCAGGUUGGCAAUCAAGUUCCGGACAACUCGCCGACUCUAUCUUGAUGAUGGGCUCAUGGCUUUCGCUUUGAGAUAUCUUGCUCUCAAAUAUGGAUUCAUCUCUCUGGUGUGGAGUUACAUCUGUCCCAUGUUUGGCCGCCUCAGUUUUUGUGCAUUUCUUCUCUGCGUCGCCAAAACCGAUCCUCUGACCAAGAAAUGGCCCAUCUGGACAUUUAUUGUCCUACAAAUCAUUGUCAAUGUAUUGGCAUCUGUCCUUCUUCUAGCGACAUGUGGAACUCAUCUCGAAGACAUGUUUCUCCUACACCUUGGAAACUACUUCAACUACUGCUUGAACAUCGAGAUUCAGACAAACUAUGCUUACUUUGCUGGUGCCUUCAACACCUUGACCGAUCUCUUUUUGACCGUUCAACCUGCUCUCUUGAUCAUGCAUACCAAACUGGCGACAAGUAACAAAGUCGGUGUUGCUUCUCUACUCUGUCUGAGUAUCAUCGACGUUGGCGACUACACCUAUGAACUUACACCAUUCGUUACAUGGGUCUCGGUCGAAUUGAACGUUGUACUCACCGUCACAUCUCUACCCCUCUUACGACCACUUGCCCAGGNNGGGGCCCGCCAACAAGCAAACAGACUGUUCUCAUCUAGUCGCAAGAUAAAGGAGCCGUGGGAUGACACAAUCUCGCUUCGUAGCAUGCAUACCACAGGAGACGAAGAAAGCAAGACAGGAGCUGGCGUGGGAGUGGUUGCUCUAGCCAGCCCAGCCAACGAUGGCGGCUUUUUGGCACAACAAGACACGUCGAAUGUCGUUCGAACGGUAGAGGUGUCAAUCAGCUACGAAAGCAACGAGACACCAAUGAUACAUGCUUGUCUGGUUGGACUGGUCCAAGGUCAAGCAAUGGAACGUUUGGCUGGCCGAUGA